GGUUUCCACUAGUUACCACAGCCACAAAGUCAAAGUUGUCUAUAGGCCUAUCAUAAAAAUUUAUGAAAACAAACAGUUAGGUUAGGCAUAAAAUUAGCAGUGUGGUUAAAGUUAGGUUUAAAAUCUUAUUUUAAGAAGAUAAAUUGUCGAAGGUGGUUUAUAACUUUAAGGCUGUGGUAACUAGUGACGACUGCAAAUUCUCAAACAGCAAGCAAGUGGGAAAGGUUGCUUGGUCGACACGAAGCUAAACAUGAACGAGACAAUAGAUCUGUAAAAAAAAAAAAGAACAAAAUAAAAAUAGCCAGUGAGUUCAAGAUCACUGUUUGAAAUAUGACGUUUCCUUGAGCUUAUGAAAUCUAGCUAGCUAUACCUGUUAAAAGUAACAAAGCUAAGUUAGGGUCCUAGCCAAUUAGCUAGCUAACGUUAGCAUUGGUUAUUUGUUUACCCCACUGCUUUCGCUGGCACACUCACUGUAUGAUAAAGUGCUGUCUUACCAACCUCUUCAACUUCAAACAGGGAAGACAAUAUGAGUGACGCAGCUGCAACCCGAAGACUAGAGGCACUGUCCUCCUAAAUUAACUGUUGACUGAAAUCAGUUGGACCACAUUGUUUGCCAUGGGCACCACACUGAGUGAGCCUUGCAUCUACGACAAGCUGUCUGAGAGCAUCGAUAUCCUCCGCCAGUCGGGGUAUCGCUAUGGCAUGUCAGAGAGGGAGAUCGAGAAGUUUAUCAAACAAGUCUUGGAGACCAACGAGCCUCGAAGAGACCCACCACAAUUCCCCAUCCUUCGAGCCACCAUCAAGUUUGUGGUAGCAGUAGGCUUUCUGGUGGUGGUGGUGCUGGCCUUCACCUACCCCCAGACUCGGCCCCAGCUAGGUGUGACGUACACGGGGGGACAUAACUGGUCCUCCCCCCUCAGCCACAUCAGACUGCUGGCUCUGCCCAUUGCCAAGAAAUACAACCUGCAAGGUUUCCAUGAGUGGUGGAGUGCAGGGGCUCUGCGACAGGGCCUGGUCAACUGUUCUGGCUGUGCUGAGGUGUUCUCUGUGCUGGAGGUCCCUGAGACCCUCAGAGAGUCUGCAGCCAUGCGCAGAGGUCCACAGCCUGUGCUGCUCAAGGGUGGGGAGUCUCUGUGUCUGCAGAGGCAGCAGUUAGAGGAGCUCUACUCAGCCCACUCCAGCUCCAUGAGUAUACUACUGGAGGAAGACAACCUACUGUCACAUGAUGAGGGUUUUCCACAGGGCCCCGCAAACUUUACCCUACUCUGGAGGUUUGCAUCUGGUGCCAGAGAGAAGGUGUUGAGGUGGCUGUUCCCCAAAGCUGAGCUAUGUCCUCUACUGGACAGCGCUGGAACAACACUGCAGCGUUGCCUGGUCACGCAUAGUGCCAACUCUCAGAGCAGAGGGGUGCGAGUGCUGGGCUGGCUGGUGGUAGGAGAAGGGCUACCCACAGUUCGAGUGGUUCCUGUCCACCGCUGUCAAAAACACUGUAGCUCCUUCAACCUCUGGCUGGGACCGGGAGAUAUGGUGUAUGCUGACCCGCGCUACUGGCAGAUGGAGCUUUUCCCCGGCCGAGACCAGAACAUCGUUUGUGACGGUUCCACUUUCUGAGGGAGGAGAGGGAAUUCUUCUUACCGGCUGAGAAUGACUUCCUAUGAUUGGACCUUUUAACUGUCCCUUGUAGGCUAGUCCCACCCUCCUCUCUUGGUCUGGAAAAGUAUACUUACUACAGGCACAAGAGACUGAAGAGGUUCCCCAAAUACUACAUGCAUCCCUAGCCUCUACCGUUCUCUUGCCUAAUACCAAACCAAUCCCUAAACCUUACCCCUCUCUGGCCUAAUACCAAACUCAUCUCUAGCCCCUACCUGUUCCUCUUCAUUGAUAUCCCUUCACAGAUCUGUGGCAACUGGAUGGUUAUAAGCAGGGAGGGACCACACUCAGGCUGGGAGAUGUGUGUUGGUGAGGAAGAGGCUGGAACGUUCUCCCAUUCUUGACUGUUCGCUUCACAGAUCAAGAGGUGUGUAUCAAGCCCAAAGAAGCGAAAUGGAGAGUGACUGAUCUCAUUUUUGGAACAUCAGAAGGCCUUUGCUCCUAUGCUGUGUUCAGUUUCAAUGUUCAAGAUUAUUUUGGUUAUGCAUUUUAGUUGCGAUCAAAUCACAUCCACAAUGGGACAGUUUUGCAGUGCUGCCCUCAUCUACUCACUUAGAAACUGGCCUGUAUUAAUCAUCUUAAUUCAACAUGUUGCUUCUAGUGUAACAAUGACAGUUGGUUAGGAUGUGUAAAAUUGAUUUAUACAUUUAAGGUGAAUUGCUUUUGAGAACUGAAAGUGCAUAAAUUGUAUUUAAUAUAUAGUUGACGGUUAGUGCUUGUGCCAUAAUUUUAAAUGCUGUUAAUGUUCUUUUCACUGAUUGUUUUUGUUCGUCCAUUCGCCCAUGUAAGCACUUUAACUAUCCGGAACUUGUUGACAAUGUCAGUGUUUGACGUGUCACACUGUCGCCGUUCUGAGAUUUGAUCAUGUUCUAUUGCUGAACAUAAUAUUUAUACAGUUUUAAUCUCAGAAUUCACAAUUUUACACAACGUCAAGUUAUGGCCAUAUUGUUACGUUAUAAAUUGUCACCGUUUAAGUAAAUCUGUUUUUAGACUUCCUUGUCACUUUGGUUUUCUGAAUGCAUCAAUAACAAUGUGAUUAUGUACUGGUAACUGACAAAAUAAAGGAAACUUGAGUAAAUGAGGGAUACAAAGUACAUUGAAAGCAGGUGUGGUUCCUGAGUUAAUUAAAUAACAUCCCAUCAUGCUUAGCGUCAUGUAUAAAAUGCCCAGUUGCCCAUUAUCUACCAUGGCUAGAAGAGAUGUCAGUGACUUUGAAAGAAGGGUCUCAAAGGAGCAUAGGGGGUUUAAGUGGUGUCACCAGAUCAACUCAAUUGAACACUUAUGGGAGAUUCUGGAGCAGCACCUGAGACAGCGUUUUCCUCCAACAAAACACCAAAUUAUGGAAUUUCUCGUGGCAGAAUGGUGCCUCCAAUAGAGGUCCAGACGCUUGUUGAAUUUAUGCCAAGGCUCAUUGAAGCUGUUCUGGUGGCUCAACACCAUAUUAAGAUACUAUGUUGGUGUUUCCUUUAUUUGAGCAGGUACCUGUGUAUUUAAGGGAAUUUUGUUAUCAGAGCUGCUUUUUAUCAUUAUUUUGUCAUGUUCAAAUGAUGUCCAUGUAUUGAAGCCUAAACUAUUAAGUGGUUAUUAUGGUUAGACUCUUCAUGACUGGGGAUGUAUUGGCAUGUACUACUGCCAUAUUGUGUAUAUACAUACUGUGAAUGCAACUGUUCUUUGGUAGUACACAUCCAAUUCCCUUUGUAUGAAUUCUGAGGAUAGUGCCAAAAAUGUCCUUAUUUGAGUCGGUUCUCUGGGUGGAUAACCCAGUCUGAAACCCAGUUGGGUGGUGUUUGAUCUCUUUACUCGGAAGACCAGUUGGGUGGGUGAGCUCUUUAUCAUUGUCUUUGCUGCUCAAAGUAUAUUUGUGGUUCAAGGCCAUCAGCUUUAACCAACUGCUAUCCUCUCCUUCCUGAUCCUGAAACAUUUGCCUUGAGUUCAAGCUUGCCUUUUUCUUUAACAAUGUUAUUGUUAAAUUAUUUUCAUUUUUUUCUGUUAGCAAGGUUAAUUAAGACUACUAAUGUCCUUCAAGCAGGCUGCACUGGAUUCUUUGUGAUGAAAACAGGGUAAUGUAUGUCACUGUCUUUAAAGCUGCAAUAUUUAACUUUCUGGGCCACCUGACCAAAUUCACAGAAAUUUUAUAGAUCUGUCAUUCUCAUUGAAAGCAAGUCUAAGAAUUGGUAGUAGAGCUGUUAUGUGCACUAUUUCUGUUCUUCCCAUUCUUACAUUUUGUUUUUGUGCCUUUUACUUUGUUUGUUCACCAGCUGAAAAUACAAUUUUUGGUUAUGGAAGAUAUAUUUCACAGCAGUUUAGAUGUUACAGUGAUUCUCUACAGUACACUAUACUUGCUUGUUUUGUCACAAACUGAAACUAUAAUUUUAGCAACCAGGAAUUAGCGGUGCGAUUUCUGCAUAGUGCACCUUUACAUGUGAUUGCUUUGGUGAAAGCAGACAAUUCAACUUGUUUAAAUUGGCUUUGAAUAAUAGCUUUGUAUGAUCAAAUUGCAAUGUGAGUCAAGAAUUAGACACUUGUUUUGGUUGUGUGUGUGUGUGUGUGUCUCUAAUAGGUGUCAUGGAAAUCCACACUGAUUUGACCAUUGUAUUUUCAGAUAUCCCUUGAAAAAAUGAGACCUUAUAAAAUGUGCAAUAAUUUCUGUGUUGGAUCUUAAUCAGAGAGCAUUAUAUCAAAUAGUUUGAUUUCAUGCACUCUUGUCAGAUGCUGAAUGUUUAUAAAUACAUGUUUUCUGCUCUA